AUGGCAGAUGCGGCGACCACUGAAGCUGACACUGAGGCGCAAAUGGAACUCCCAAAGGUCGCCUGGUCUGAUGUGGCCAUCACAUUGCUUGUGGCCUUCAGUGUAAAUUUAUUGUACAACUUCAUCCUCAAUCUGAUUCGAUCCAGUCGGGCAAGAAAGAAGUCCAUCCGGAAACCGUUUGUACCGCAAAAAUUCCUGACAUUGAGAAUUUCCAACAUUCCUUGUAUUCCUAGUGUGACCGCAGACAGCUUGCGACAACUCUUGUCAGAUCUACCAAUUGCAGCCCAAGGUACUGGCUGCCAGCCAAACCUACUUGAGUUUUCAUAUUCGCCAACUGCUGUUUCAGCUUUUUCCUCGCGAUAUGCAGUUGUCACGGCCACCUUUGAGCAUGCUCCAGCCAUCAACGAACUAGAGAUUGUUCUCAAGCAGAAAUUUGGAGCUGAGGCCGGUCAUUUAAAAGUCGAUCGAGAUUUCUUGGGCAUCACGCCACUGUCUGAUAGCGACAACGUCCAUGUAGAUAUUCUUUUCGGUAGCAUUAUUGCGGUAACUGGACUCGCCGGCCAUGCUUUUGGAUCAUGGAAGUCAAAAAGCUUGCCGCAUAUGUGGCUACGCGAUUUUCUCCCGCAGUCGGUUUUAAACGCGCGCAUUCUUACAUACGGCUACGAUACCAAGAUAUACGGAAGUCAAUCCGAGGAAUCCAUACUAGAAUUAGCCAAGGCCUUGCUUGAGUCUAUUAAAACCACUCGGCGAAAGAGUAUCAGAAAUCGGCCUAUUAUAUUCAUUGCGCACAGUCUUGGUGGCCUUGUUGUUAAAGAGGCUCUUGUGCAAGCUUCAGUAGGCAGCGAAGAAGAUCAAACGAUCUACAGGUCAUGCUAUGCGCUUUUGCUCUUUGGCGUCCCAAACAGAGGACUGAACAACCUAAGCCUAAAGUCAAUGGUCAAAGGACAGCCCAACGAGAGUUUAGUGAGAGAUCUUGGAGAAUCCUCUCGAUUUCUAAGCUUACUCCAUGAGCGGUUUAAUGCGUGCUUCACAUUUGAUGACUCUCAUAUACUGUCGAUCAGCGAGACAAAACAUACGGCGACAGUUGAAUGGAAUUCAGAAACCGGCACAUGGGAAAGAACCGGACCUGAAGUCAUGAUAGUUGGGCAUACAUCGGCUACCAACGCUCACCAGAACGAGAAGACUUACAAUCGCUUGUCCAUUAACUCCGAUCAUUCCGAAAUGGUCAAAUUCAGUGACAUCUCGAACCCAGACUACUUGAAUAUCCAGUCUAGACUAGUAGAGCUAGUCAAUGGUGCACCGAGUGCCAUAAGGGAGCGUUUUGAUCAUCACACGAGAAAAACAACUCAAUUGGAGAGGCAGUUUGUACGAAAUCUGAAGGCUCCUGAUAGCGAGGCAUUUAGAAAUGACAAAGUUGGUGUCCGAACGCCGGGAACGCUUGACUGGUUCUUGCGCAAUGAUAUUUAUCGAGGUUGGAAAUGUGCGGACACUCCGUCUGGCCUUUGGAUUCAAGGGUCGCCGGGCCAGGGCAAGACAAUGCUGGCCAAGUUCAUCUUGGACACGCUGGAGGACUCAGUACCCAGCUCAGAAAUACCGUCAGUUGUCAUAUACUUCUUCUUUUACGACCAAGACGAAAGUUACCGUACCGCCGGAGCCGCUAUGAGGUCUCUUAUCAAGCAAAUGCUGCAUCUAGCACCCGAUGCAUUUCAAAUUGUCACUCAAACGUUCGAUAUCGAAAGCUCUGAUAUCAGCGAUAAUUCGUUGCGGGACAUUCUCAAGGACUUGCUUCAAGCUUCUCAGCUCGGUACUAUCUACUGUGUCCUUGAUGGGCUAGAUGAAUGCCAAAACGAUGGCUCAAGGAAGAUGCUACUUGAUCUCAUCGCUAGUAAUCUUCGACAAUCAUCAACCCGAAGAAAUAGUUCCGUUCCGACGCUGAAGACCCUUCUCACUAGUCGUCCAACGGUUGAUAUACAUGGCGAGCUUUAUCAUCUGCCGAACAUCCAACUUAAAGCCAAUCAUGAGGAUCUUGAGAUUUUCAUAAAGAACAAAGUGCACGACUUGCAGUUUCACGAAGAUCUCAAGCAAAAGGCCAUUCACUUGCUGGGCAGCCGUGUUGAGCAAACGUUCUUAUGGAUAUCGAUCGUCUUAAAGAGGCUCAAGGUUGCAACGCCUUUGUUAUCAGAAGCAGGGAUGGAAGAAAUGAUUAACGAAAGUCCAUCCGAUCUUGAAAAUUUGUUUGAAAACAUCAUCAGUCGUAUCAAAGAAGCAAAAGACAUAACGGCUCAAAAGCUUUUGAUAUGGGCCGUGUACGGCAGAAGACCCUUGACAUUAGCUGAGCUUGAAGAGGCCAUAGCAGUCCAGGAUGAUUCUACGAGUAAAGAAUCCACCAAGAAAUAUUCGGUAGCUCUCACCGAGAGCGGCGUGACGACGGCCACAGGACUGAUAUUGGAGAUUAUUGACGGGAAAAUCCAUCUCGUGCACCAAUCAGCAAAGGAUUUCCUCCUCAAGAGUGGGCAUCUUGCCGAGUUUGCAUUUUGCACGAGUCUACAUCCAAGUUCAUAUUUAGCAAAAGUCUGUAUGACAUACCUGUGCUUUACAGACAUUGUCGAGUCAAGGUCCUGUCGAAACGACGAGUUCCUAAACGCAGGGAAUAUUCAGUAUCCUUUCUUACAAUACGCAGCGCGCAACUGGUACCGUCAUCUCGAGAAAGAGGAUAUAAAUAAGUUCGCUAGACUUAUUAGUCGGUUAACAGAGCCUAAGUCUUCGGCACUUUUGACAUGGGGAGCAGUCAACGGAGUUGUCAACCUAGAAGAGGCCAGAGACACUUGGGAAGUUGCUUUGAAGGUGAAUAUUCCGUGGCUGGUUGACCUACAAAUAGACUCAACAGUAAUCACGAAAGCGAUGAUUGAGAAAGCAGUCGCGAAUGGCAUGACAGAAUACGACUAUUUACGGAAGCUUGUUAAAAAACACGACACUCUUUUUACAGAGGAAGAGCUUUGUCUAGUUGUUGAACACCUCGACCAUGCGCUAGUUCGACAAAUAUUAAGCGGACAAACCAGCGCCGUUGUUACGCAAAAUGUCUUUGAAGCGGCAGCAACGAACGUCAAAUAUGGCAGGCUUGUAGUCGAGGCAAUUCUAGAGCUCAACAUUUGCUUCAUCGUUACAGUCAAAUUUUUGAAUCUGGCACAAAAUAACGAUGUAAACGGCAAAGAUAUCAUCCAAUUUGUCCUUGACAACCACAACUUAGAGAUUUUCGAAGAAGCGGUAGCCAAUAUAGUUGCAAGCGGAGACAUGGAGCGGGUGAAACUGAUGUUCAAGCGAGAGCAGCUUGAUGGCCUUCAACUAGCACUUGGAUCAGCAAUGAAACAGGGAAAUUACGACUUGUUAAUGCUCAUGUUGAACAAGGGAGGGGAUACAAUAAAAAUUACAGAAAAUUGUCUGCAGGAUCUAGUCAACUCAUCCCCCCCAGACGACCUGAAAAACUUUCUUAGGGCACAUAAGGGAAAAGCCAGGAUCACAGAAAGUAUUAUCAUAGAUACUGCGAACCACGAAAAAAAGAGAGAGCACCUGCUGCUGUUUUUCUUGAAAGAACGAGGCGAGGAUUUCCAAAUUACAGAGGAAAUAUUGGAAGCAAUCAUACCUGGAGAGGAUUCAGAGAAUGAGGCGCUGAAGUUUCUACUUGAAGAGAGAAGCCAUGAGAUACAUAUGACUGAGGGUAUCUGGAAAGCGGCUGCUGCUAACCGUCGUUCUAACGGUGAAACAAUUCGUCUCCUUAUUCAUAUGAAAGGCCAUGAGCUUCAUAUUAGCGAAGAGAUUUUGAGAAGCGCGGCAGAAAAUCGCAACUGCGGUCAUAGGAUUUUGAGGCAGUUUUUGGUCACGAAGAAAGAUGAUGUUAAGAUUACAGAAGCAAUUUUGAAAGAGUUACUUGGAAAUGCUUUUGGAGUAUCGCAGAUAGAAGGCGUUCUCAAAGAGGCCCAUAGACGUGGUAUCUGGAUCAAUACAGAAGAAAUGGUGAGAAUUGCAGCGAAAUCCAAGUACGGCGAUUCCGCAAUACAAGCUUUAUUCGUGACGAUGGGAGGAGAUGAGAUUCACAUAACUGAGAAAGUUUUGAAGGAGGUAGCAAGAAACGGAUCAUGGGGUGCCCAUAAAAUCAUGAAAUACAUCUGGAGGUUGAAAGGUGAUAAGAUCCAGAUUACCGAGGAUGUUCUAAUAGAAGCAACGAGAAAUCGUUACGGAUAUGCGAUGAUGAGCACCAUUUUCACGAUAAAUGGCCGUAAGACGCACAUUACGGAGAAGCUUCUGAAGAUGAUGUUGGAAAUGAACAUUGGCAGUCGACAGAUGAGUAUCCUCAUUGCUAACACAGAAUACGUCGAUAUCAACAUCACAGAAGAGUCUCUGAUUGAGGUGGUCAUAAACGGGAAUAACUGGAAUUUAUUGUCACUCCUCUUAAAAGUCCAUCGCGACAAGAUUAAGGUUACUGAAAAAGCUGUGAAGGCAGCUAUGGGAACAAAACAUAGCUGUCAGAUAUUAUCCAUUAUUUCAUGGUUCAAAGGGAAACGGGUCCAAAUUACUGAUGAGACUAAGGAACUCAUGAGUGCGGAGCAACUCGAAUGCUGGGAUAGGCCUGGAAAGUACCUCCCCUCCUCUCCACGCCCGGUAGUUGAAGAUGUUGAUGAAACUUUGGGUUCCCCACUGGUUAGUAACAGUAGAAAGAGAAUAUACUGGUCGGGAAGAAACAAUAGAAAGAGAGAAUACUCGUCGGGAGAAGAGUAA